AGUGUCUCGGGUUGCGUGGUGAGAGACUCGACGCAGUAUCGGUUCAGGAGCCGAGUUUCUACUUAAUCGUGCUUUUUCGUCUAUGUGCUUUCUGUUUCGACCUAUAAGAGGAUGCUGGUCGACAUCGUGUGUUUUCGGAUAAUUUUCUUUCGCGGAGGAACAUGUUGGGGGAUUAUGUGUGAUGCGUGAAGGCCGGAGUUCGAGUUGCCUUGGAUGCAUGCGUGAUCGGGGAGUCCGUGGAGCGGAUCGUCAUGUUGGCGAAGCGACAGUAACACUGGCGAGAAAUAAUUUAUUCAUCAAGACUUCAUCGUCAUCAAGUUUUCGCAAUGGAUAUGAGUGGGAAUAAAGACACGCUGCUGAACUUGACGCUGGAGACCAACCUAACUGAAGAAACCAAUGGAACGGUGAUUGAAGAAUCGAGUUUGGAGUGGGUACCCCUGGACACCUUCAUUGGCCUUGUACUGGCCUUUUCCUCCUGUUUCUUCAUUGGUAUUUCAGUGAUAUACAAAAAACUUGCUCUUCGUGACCUUGAGGUCCAGGGAGGGACUCGUGCUGUGGAUGGAGGUUAUGGAUAUUUGCGCUUACCCAAGUGGUGGCUGGGCAUCUCCCUCAUGGCUCUGGGAGAGCUCACCAACUUUGUGGCCUAUAUAUUUGCACCAGCCAUUUUGGUUACCCCCCUUGGUGUAUUUUCUAUUGUAUGCACGGCUGCAUUAUCUCCAUAUUUUCUGAAAGAGCGUUUAGCCAUGCUAGGGAAACUUGGGUGUGUGUUGGUGCUGGUGGGAUGUGUUAUAGUCACACUAUGUGGACCUAAAGAUAGAGAAAUUGCAAGUAUGGAAGAACUUCAGUCUCAGCUUCUUCAUCCAGGAUUCUUGAUAUAUGCCAGUUUGGUGGUUGUCCUUUCUGCAGUUUUCAUUGCACUGGUACCCCGUUAUGGUCACCGAUAUGUUCUGUUAUACAUCACCAUUUGUUCUUCCUUUGGCUCUCUUUCGGUCAUGUUCUGCAAAGGUGUUGGUCUGGCAUUGAAACAGACUUUUGGUGGCAUUAAUGAAUUUACUAACUGGGCCACUUGGGUUUGUUUAGUGGCACUUGUAGCAUGUUUGCUUAUUGAGACAAUUUAUAUGCAACGUGCACUUGAUCUUUUCAACAGUUCUGUCUUUAUGUCUAUCAAUUAUGUGCUUUUUACAUCCCUUGUAAUUAUAGCUUCAUCCAUAUUGUACACAGAACUAAGAGAAAUUGGUUGGAAAAAUAUUGUCCUAACACUUCUGGGUUUCAUUGUUAACAUAGUUGCUUUGUUUCUUCUACAUCUGGAUAAAGAAAAUGGAGCACAACAGCCACCUCCUGAAGCAGGAGACACCUCACCUGAGUCACCUCAGCCCAUCAAAGUUCCUGGAGGUGGACUAGACCAAGGUACACCACUCUUAAGUAGAGCACCUGCUUCACCAUUAGCGGGGCUUAACCUUACACACAAUGUAUUUCCCACAAAAACUAAUUCUUGCAUGUCCUUGAUAAGUCAGAAAUCACAGCUUCGCCAUGCUAGAGAAAAUAACCAUCACCAUCCCCUUGACAACAUCGAAGAUGAUACUAGCCAUCACAGCAACAGCAGCAAUAGCAGCAGAGGUGGCAGCAGUAGUGUAGAAGGAAGUACUAGCAGUGGGCCAAGCAAGCAGGAAGAUGGGUGUGAUGCCAGGAGAGGACAUUGCCGCUCAGCUUCAAGUUGCAUGUGUGAGGUGCCACUCCUUAACGAACUUCAAACAUCAACAACAAAAUUCACCUCACAACCAUCAUCUCUUCAAAGUGAUAUUAGCAAAAAUAAUAACAAUAAUCGUAGCAGGAGCAGUAGUUGUAGCAGCAAAGUAAAUGAAGUGGCUAUAAGUUUAGAAGCAGAGCUGGAAGACCGGUAUAGUCAUAAUAAAGCUCUAGUUUGACAUAUACUUACCAAAGUCCAUAUAUAGUGCCAUAUAUGCCAAAAUAUGGAUGGCAUAAUUGUGCUGUCCACAUGCUAGAAUGGUUAUGUAUACCUGCUAAGUUACAAGAUGUAAAGUUUGCAACUGUGACUAAUAUAAAAAUAACAGAUAUUUACAUUGAAAACAGUGACUAAAGGAGCCCCUCUGAGCAGCAAGAAUCAGAGCAAUAUUAUUUGUGUUUAUCUAGUAUCUGGGGCCGCGGUGGCCGAAUGGUUAGAGCGUCGGACUCAAGACUGUCACGACGGCAAUCUGACUUCGAGGGUUCGAGUCACCGACCGCCGCGUUGUUUCCCUUGGGCAAGGAACUUCACCUCGAUUGCCUGCCUAGCC